UCAGUGAGUGCACACAUCUACAAGUAACAAUACAGUAAUCUUAUUUGGUCAAGAUCGUCCUAUCGAGAAAACGGUCAUAAAUAAUAUGUAUAGUCGUUCUGGGAGGUGUCCUUUUAAAAAAUAACAGAGUAGCAAUAACUAUAAUUAAGCGAGCGUUUAGGUACGUUUAUAAUUGCAGGCCUGUAGGACUAAUAGUGAGAGUGAAGUAUUCAUUCAGGAAAAUCUAUUCCGAGCAUCGACUGGACCUUGAAUGCAACCUACACACAGGAUCUUCCGGAACUCUCGAGGUCACCUGACGAAACCCCGUGGCUUUCCAUUGGUCGCUUCCAGCCGUCAAUCAAAAACUCACCACGUGGUCGAUAAUAACAUUGGUGGGCUCGAGGGGGCGGUGGUGGACUGUCAGCGUUCGUUUAAAGAUACGCAUCCACGCAUGGGUGAAGUCAGCGAGUAAUGAUUCAUCUCUCCGGUUUAAACGUUAAAUUGUGUUCCAGAAAAACGGCGUCCGCGUAACACAGGUCGGAGGCAGGUGACCUUUGGCUCUCGUCGCUGUGCGUCGAGCCGGGGCGGAGCGGUUGCUUUAGCUUAGCGACGGUAGCCACCAGGAAGCGGUGUCACCGUCUGCACCAGCUCUCUCAACGGGGGACGAGAGGAGACAUUCUGCGGCCAUGGCCGGCCUCGGUAACUCUGGGGCUACCUCCAGCCCAAUGGUGAUCCUGGCGCCCAAGACGAAGACGAAAAAGAAACAUUUUGUGCAGCAGAAGGUGAAAGUGUUUCGAGCCAGCGACCCGGUCCUGAGCGUCUUCAUGUGGGGCGUCAAUCACUCGAUCAAUGAUCUCAGUCAGGUGCCUGUUCCUGUCAUGCUGCUGCCUGACGAUUUCAAAGCCAACACUAAGAUCAAAGUUAACAACCACCUCUUCAACAAAGAAAAUCUUCCAGGACAUUUCAAGUUCAAAGAAUAUUGUCCUCAGGUCUUCCGAAAUCUAAGGGAAAGGUUUGGUAUUGAGGAUAUGGACUAUCAGGUGUCGCUGACCCGCAGCCCGCCGAUGAGAAACGCUGAAGAUCAGGGAGAUUAUCUGCUCCUCAACUCAUACGACCGCACGCUGAUUAUCAAGCAGAUCUCCAGCGAGGACAUCGCAGAUAUGCACAGCAUCUUGUCAGAGUAUCACCAGCACAUAGUGAAGUGUCAUGGCAGCACGCUGCUGCCACAGUUCCUGGGCAUGUACCGGGUGAGCGUGGACAGUGAGGAGGCCUACCUGAUCGUCAUGAGGAACAUGUUCAGCCACAGACUGGUAGUACACAGGAAGUACGACCUGAAGGGCUCUCUGGUGGCUCGUGAAGCAAGUGACAAAGAAAGGGGAAAGGAGCUUCCUACCUUCAAGGACAUGGACUUCAGGAACAACAUGCAGAAGGUCUAUGUAACCGAGGAGCAGAAGGAGAAGUUCAUGGACAAGCUCAACAAAGAUGUGGAGUUUCUAGUGAAGCUGAAGAUCAUGGACUACAGCCUGCUGCUGGGCAUCCACGACAUAGGCCGAGCUGAACGGGAGGAGGAGGAGGGUGAGGAGGUGCCCAACGAGGAAGAAUCAGAGUCUGAGAACGGCCUGGCAGCAGGCGCCACGGGCGGCUCUUAUGGCACCUCUCCAGAGGGAAUCGCUGGCUACAUGUCCCACUGUAAACCUCUGGGACCUGGAGAGUUUGACCCCUAUGUGGAUGUGUAUGCAAUCGGGAGCUGCCCAGGAGCCCCUCAGAGGGAGGUCUAUUUCAUGGGCCUGAUUGACGUACUCACUCAGUACGACACCAAGAAGAAAGCAGCUCAUGCAGCAAAAACAGUCAAACACGGGGCUGGUGCUGAAAUAUCAACAGUCCACCCUGAGCAGUACGCCAAACGAUUUCGCGACUUCAUCUCCAACAUUUUUGCGUAACAGCCAUGAACACUGCCACAAGUCGAUCCAGCUGAGAGCUAGAAGUCUUUCACCAUAGACCAAAACUAGUAUGCACAAACCAAUCAUCGAUUCGGUUUAGUGAUCUGAGGCAAGACCUAAACGUUGUAGCAAUAUGAUAAUACUACUUCUGAUGCAUAUAUUUAUUUUAAAGGUUUAAGAUGUAUUUCUAUAGAUAUUAAACACUCUUAACGGAAUAACUCUGGAGAAAUGGGGUAUCUGGGAGCAAACUGCUGUUGACAGUAUUGAACAUUUUAAUUCUACAUCAUCAUACUUUAUUUUUUCACUCAAGUUUUCUAGUCCUGGAUUAAACCUAAAUAAAUUGUUUAUACUUUUGCUUUCUUGCAGAGUUAGGUGGGGACAGCUGUACCAACCUCAUAUUUAUACAGUAAAGGAGACAGUUAGCUUAGCAUAAAGAAUGGAAGCAGGGGGAAACCACGAGCCUGGCUCUGUAUGAGAUAACACUACCUGUUUAACAGCAACACUAAAACAAACUAAAAGAAUUAAAGUAAGGGUCUGUUCUAGACUUGUAUCAGUACAGUAAAAUAAAUCCAUUUCACAUUAAUUACAAAAAUAUAAGAGAAAAAAGCUGGUUUAGAGGUUCAUUCUAAUAUCAAAAAAAAGCCUGAAAAGGUGGUGAAGUACUUUCUUCAUUCUGAACCGUGUCUGCAAGUGAUCCUCACUACCCUCCAACAACUCCUUUCUUCUCCCAUAUCGACUAUUGCUGUUAGACAGGAGCGUGUUCAGUUACAAAAUCAACCACAUAACAUCUUAUAAAGCCACAACGUGGCUAUUUAUAUACUUUUUUCUGAGACAUUUUGUUGAGAUGUAGAGGUGCUGGUAGGUAGAUUGCAUUGCUUUCGGACAGAGCCAGAUAUUUUCUGGUCUUAAUGCUAAGCUAAGAGUCAGUAAGAAAGCAGCACAUUUCUCAUCUUCCAUCAAAGUUUGAAUAGGAGACAGUGGUUUGGUGUUAAAAAUAAUGGUAGUCUAGAUUCUACAGUUGAGUAAUGUAAUUUAUCUACAGAUGCAGGCCAUUUGAAUGUUUCGUGUGCCAAAAUGUGUGGGAUGAAAGCUUUAUCAAAGCAGGAUUUGCACUUUGCAUGCAAUUAUUUGACUCUGCCAAGGCAGAGCAUAUAAUGAAACACAAUUUGAUCAAAUGCUGUUUUCCUUCAAAGUUACACAUAACAUUCAGAGAAAAUGUGCAGAAUAGACACUCACCACUGGAAAUGCUACAAAAAAAAUUAAAACAUAUCAACUGAUUUUGCCUGUGAACAUUGCGCCUGCACUCCCUGCAUAUCUUGGCUCGUGCAGCCUGUACGGAGAAUGUGGGGCGGCUGAUUUUCAACCACAGAGCUGGACCUGCAUUAAUGAAGGGACUAGUCCAGAUUUGGGGAUCAGUCAUUGCUUUUUAAGGAAAUAUGUGUGAAAACAAGCCCAUUUAUCAUAGCACUCAACAGGCUCCUUUUGAACACACUAUAGUGUUUUUUUUGUUUUAAAAUGGUUCAUGUGCGCUAUGUGAAUCAUUGUAGUAGGGUAAGGUUUAGAAAAAUAUAGCAAUAGGACUAGAAACUACUGUCUGUCUGUGUGUGUGCGUGUGUAUGUGUGUGUUGUAACAACCUUUGAGAUUUAGUUAUAACCAGGGUACGGUGUUAAACAUUUUGGACAGUUAACACUACAUUUCAGUAGCUUAGCCUUAACACAGUGACACUAUACAGCAUUCCUAAACACUGGCAAAGCAGCGUAGAUACAGCGAUACUCUCUGAAUGAUGCCUCAUCUACCCAAUGAUUGCACAUGUUGUAUUUUUGCAGAUCAGCUUUUGGACCAAAAUAUAUUUUACAAAGAAUUUCUGGAAAA